CAGACGAGAGAAGAUGAUUGCGCUUUAGAGGAUGUCGUCAGCCUCAGCCACGCUAGAGUAGAAGUUAGAACGCAACCAGCGCGAAGGAAGAAACUUGCCCUCAUCAAAUAAGUUUACUGAGGAGAUGAGUUGCCCUGUAGUCGCCAACAUUAAGAUCUGAAGUCUGACGCCCCGAGAUUGGUGACCAUGGUGAUGAACUUUAGGUGACACCCCCCCCAGCCUCUCCCCCUCACCACUCCCCCUCACCACAGUCCGCCCCGAGCCCGCCAGACCCCCCUAAAGAUCCUGUGUGUGUGUGUGUGUGUGUGUGUGUGGCGAUGGCUCGUGGUGGUGGUCCUGCAGGGGACUCCUCCUCGGCGGAGGGUGUGCAUCUGAAGCAGGAGAUCUCGCUGCUCCACGGCGUCUGCCUCAUCGUGGGCAACAUGAUCGGCUCGGGCAUCUUCGUGUCGCCCGUGGGCGUGCUCCUGUUCAGCGGCUCCUACGGCCUCUCGCUGGUCAUCUGGGCGGUCGGCGGCAUCUUCUCCGUCUUCGGUGCCCUCUGCUACGCCGAGCUGGGCACCACCAUCCGCAAGUCGGGCGCCAGCUACGCCUACAUCCUGGAGGCCUUCGGCGGCUUCCCCGCCUUCAUCCGCCUGUGGACCUCGCUGCUCAUCGUGGAACCGGCCAGCCAGGCGGUCAUCGGACUCACCUUCUCGCUCUACCUGGUCCAGCCGUUCUACCCGUCGUGCCAAGCGCCCUACGACGCGGUGCGCCUCAUCGCUGCCAUGAUCAUAGCUCUCCUGACCUUCGUGAACUGCAUGAAGGUCAAAUGGGGAGCCAUCCUGCAGGUGGCCUCCACGGUAGCCAAGGUCCUGGCCUUAAUCGUCAUCAUCAUCGUCGGGCUGGUUAAACUGGCACAGGGCCAGACGCAGAACUUUGAGAAGUCGUUCGAGGGCUCCAAGCUGAACCCAGGGGACAUGGCGCUGGCUCUCUACUCUGCACUGUACUCGUACUCCGGCUGGGACACACUUAACUUCAUCACCGAGGAGAUCAAGGACCCAGAGAGGAAUCUGCCCCUGGCCAUCGCCAUCUCCAUGCCCAUCGUCACGGUGAUCUACAUCCUGACCAACGUGGCUUACUACACAGUCAUGAACAUGGACAUGGUGCUGGGCAGCGAGGCCGUUGCCGUGACGUUUGCUGAUGAGGUGCUGGGCUGGGCUCGUUGGCUGAUUCCUCUGUCAGUGGCCAUCUCCUGCUACGGAGGUCUCAACUCCUCCAUCAUUGCUGCCUCCAGAUUGUUCUUCGUGGGUUCUCGGGAGGGUCACCUGCCCAACGUGCUGUGCAUGAUCCACGUGGAGCGCUACACGCCCAUCCCUGCCCUGCUGUUCAACGGAGGCAUGGCGCUGGUGUUCCUGUGUGUGCAGGAUGUGUUCCGGCUGAUUAACUACUUCAGCUUUAACUACUGGCUCUUCCUCGGCCUCUCCAUCGCCAGCCAGAUCUACAUGCGCAUUAAGCGACCCGACAUGCCUCGCCCAGUCAAGCUGUCCCUGUUCUUCCCGGUGGUGUAUUGUCUGUGCACGGUGUUCCUGGUGGUGGUUCCGCUCUACAGCGACACCAUCAACUCCCUGGUGGGCAUCGCCGUGGCCGUCUCCGGGGUCCCCUUCUACUUCCUGUUCGUCCAUCUGCCGCCCAGCUCACGGCCGGCCUUCAUCAAGCACAUGCUGGACUGGAUCUCCCUGUACACCCAGAAGUUGUGUUUCUGCUGUGUGGCCGAUCCUGACCUGGACCUGGACAACCUGCCUGAGGGCAAGACCGAUUAGAGAAGCACCCUGCUCCACACACACACACACACCUUACUGUCCUCUCUCUCUCUCUCUCACUCACACUCACUCACACACACACAC